AUGGCUUCCUCACAAUCAACCAGAAUAUCCUCCUUGAUCAAGGAAUUAUUUGCCAUAGAGCAAGAAUCCGCUGGCUACAUUUAUGAAAAUGAGAAUCUUCGCACCGACGCCGCACAUCUCGUUCGAAAAUUGGCUGUGGCUUUGGAGAGACCGCAAGAGGUGAUAUUGAUGAACUCGUCCAUGCCUGCUCAAACCGCUGCGGUCCGGAUAGCUGUUGAUCUUAAUCUUUUCCUUCACCUUGGAGAUGGACCGGAAUCGAAGGAUAUAUCCGAGCUAGCUAUGAAGACGGGCGCUGAUGCUGAAUUACUAAUUCGUAUACUUCGACUUCUCUCGGCGAUGGGUUGGGUGGAUCAGGUCGGAAAUACAUCCUUCAAGCCAACGGCCAUAACUCGCACACUGAAAGAAAGUGAGUCCCUCCAGGCUGGCGUCAAACAUAUGUACCUCUCACUUCCGGUAUAUGGCAAACUUCCGAAAUACUUUGCACAAUAUGACUACAAAUCUCCCGACGACGUCCACGGUGGCCCGUUUCAAUACGCCCAUGGCAUAAAGGAGACGACUUUCGACUACUGGGCCAAAGAUCCAAUAGUAACUAAAAUAUUCAAUACGUUCAUGACCGGUGUCCGUGGAAGCAGGCCACACUGGGUCCAUUGGUUCCCAAUUCAGGAAGAGCUUAUCAAUGGAUCAAGUGGGAAAGAUGAGGAUGUCCUGCUGGUCGAUUUAGGCGGUGGAAAGGGCCAUGACUUGAACAAAUUUAUCACCACCUUUCCGGAUGCGAAGGGACGAUAUGUUUUGGAAGAUCUUCCUGUGGUUAUCGACGACGCUUACGACAGGAAUCCGAGAAUCGAGGCUUUGAAACACGACUUCUUUCAAGAACAACCAAUUCAAGGCGCACGGAUAUAUUUUAUGCAUCAUGUACUACAUGACUGGCCGGAUGACGAUGUUGUGCGAAUCUUCUCACAAGUUGCCCAAGCGAUGAAACCGGGGUAUUCCAGAUUGUUGCUGGGAGAGAAUGUUUUGCAGGAUAUUGAUUGCCACCUCUAUCCCGCUUUACUGGAUUGGGGCAUGAUGGUACUGCAUUCUGGCAUGACGAGAACAGUCGGACGAUGGAGAAGUUUACUCGAGAAAGCCGGACUCAAGUUAGUUAAGUACUGGGCGCCGCCGGGAGAUGGAGACGGCAUUGUGGAAGCGGUCCUUGAGAAGAACAUCGCAUGA